GUUGUGUUGUGGCAACAGAGAGAGAGAAAGAGAUUGGAGAGAGACCUUGACUUAGUUAGAGGGAAGGAAGAAAGAAAAAAAGAAAAGGUGGAACGUAUUGACUUUGUGUGGAAGGCCUAUGGUUGUCGUUUCUUUCUGGAACCGCUAUGGUGCUAAAGCGAACGAUGACUGUUGUUAAAGCUUUACAUUGCGCUUCCAAUAGGAUCUCCUCUCUUCGAUCCGCAUUGUGAGGUCAUAGGUUUCUUUGAUUCUGUAGAUUCACGCAGCCAUGCGCUGGUUACCCACGCUUUCCUUCACGCCUUCCGCUUCCUCCUCGUCUUCCUCAGCCGCCUCCGCCGACCACCGCCGGAAGGUGUGGCUGUUCGGUAGUUCAUCCAAGAAACGCGCCUGUCAUGGCGAGAACGACGCCAGGUGGCACGAUGACGAUUCACCACCCUUCCCUUCCCCCGGCACACCUCAGCCCUUGCCCCUGCCGGAGCUCGCCGCUUCCUCAGCCGUUCUCCGCAGAGACGGUGAAUGUCGUCUUCCCUCGCCCAAGGAUGCUGCUACAGUCACCACCUCCACCGGCUGUCGGAUGCGGAGUGUUUUUGCUGGCCAAGACACGAGAAAGAAUAUGGAACAGGCUGAAACUAGGUCAUCGAGAAUGGUGCAUCAAGAUUCGUGUGGUUGUUGUGAAUGUGCUCGAGAGAAUAGUAAUACUAAUAAUAGUAACUUCGCGAGCAUCCCUCGUAGGAGCAGUUUUUCAAGUAUUCCCUUUGCAAGUCCUUCAAUAAUGAGUCCACAGAAAACAAAAAAUGGUGAAUCAGUGCCAUAUUAUUAUGCGAGUCCCAAAGGAAAUCAGUUCUGGUCUGCACCAGAAAUGUCUACCUGUGAAACAGGGUUGCUACCUCCUGCCUUCUUUGAUUUAUCCGUGUUGGGCACAGAAACUUCUCCCUCUCCCACCUCCCAUCAAAGUCCACAGAGGAGAAGUCCCGGGCAACACACCAGAACCUUGAGUGGACCUCUAUCUCCUUUACAUUCCAAGUUAUCACUCGAAAUCUCAAUGGUGCGCCGUGAAAGUACUGCCCCUCCUGUCAGUGUUCACCCCUUGCCCCUGCCUCCUGGGGCUCCCCUGCCCUCUCCAUCGUCAGCUAGUACAUUUUCCAAUGCUAGAUCAGAAUCAUUGCCAAUGAAAAACCAAUGGCAGAAAGGGAAACUUAUUGGGCGUGGGACAUUUGGAAGUGUUUAUGUUGCAACCAAUAGGGAAACCGGUGCAUUAUGUGCAAUGAAGGAAGUGGAAAUGUUUCCUGAUGAUCCAAAAUCUGCUGAGUCUAUAAAACAGUUAGAGCAGGAAAUUAAAGUUCUUAGCCAGCUAAAGCAUUCGAACAUCGUGCAGUAUUUUGGCAGUGAAAUAGUUGAGGGCCGGUUUUAUAUUUAUCUGGAAUAUGUUCAUCCUGGUUCAAUUAAUAAAUACGUCCGUGAACAUUGUGGUGCCAUAACAGAAUCUGUCAUUCGGAAUUUCACUCGACAUAUUCUAUCUGGAUUGGCUUAUUUACAUAGCAAAAAAACAAUUCAUAGGGACAUCAAAGGGGCUAACUUGCUUGUUGACUCCGCUGGAGUUGUUAAACUUGCUGAUUUUGGGAUGGCUAAGCAUCUAACUGGGUUCGAAGCUAAUCUAUCUUUGAGGGGAAGUCCGUACUGGAUGGCUCCAGAGCUUUUGCAGGCUGUGAUGCAAAAGGAUAACAGCCCUGAUCUUGCUUUUGCUAUUGAUAUUUGGAGUCUGGGUUGUACCAUCAUUGAAAUGUUCACAGGGAAGCCUCCUUGGAGUGAAUAUGAAGGAGCUGCAGCUCUGUUUAAGGUUAUGAAGGAAACCCCUCCUAUUCCUGAAACAUUGUUGCCCGAGGGUAAAGAUUUCUUGAGGUGCUGCUUUAUAAGGAAUCCAGCAGAGCGGCCAGCAGCUGCAGUUUUACUAGAACAUCGAUUUUUGAAAAACUCUCAAAAGCCUGAUGUUUCAUCUCCCACUCAGUUGUAUAAUGGAACAGGCUUCAUGGACAAACCACGUAGUCCCAUCAAACAAUUUGAAUAUAAACAUGAUCAGUUGUCAAUCUCCUGUGCCAAAAUUGCCAAGGUUAAAGCAGCUGACAGGCGUGGAUUUCUCAUUUCUUCGUUGGAAAUUCUUCCUGCAUCCUUGAACCAAUAACGUAAUCCUGUUUUUAACACGCGAUGACCAUUGCCCAAUUUCUCUGCGCCAUGCUUUUUCUUUGCUGAAGUGGGAAUCAUCUCACAAUAACCACAUAGCAGUGGUACCACGGAACUUUUUUCUUCCCUCCACAGCACACCUGGUCGACUUCAAAAGGAAAAAAAUGGUCUUUUCAAUUGGCUGAGCUGGAGGAAGUUUUGAUUAUUUAUGCCAAUGACAGGGGCCCACAUUGUAGUACUAUAGUUUAAGAGACGCUCAUGCAGUGACUUGCAGCGGUUGCCGUCAUAGGUUCUCUUUUGCUUAGUUUAUCAAUGCUAAAAGUCAAGAGCUUCUUCUGUCUGUAAAUUAUGCCGCUCGAGAAUACGGUAGCAGUUUUAGAAAAUAAUAAUAUCAUUAUACUAACUUAGAGUGACGAAGCAAUUAACCUCAAAGGUUCAUAUUUCUUCCUCUCUCUAUAUUAGGAUGAAGUCAAAUUUAUGUAGACUUAGUGUUCAUCCCUCUCUGUUUCAUGAGGAUUCUAAUUUGGUUGCUUAUCGUAGAUAUGUCAAUCCACUCCAGAAAUGUUGUAAUUACGAUAAAGACUCUCAAAAUCUUCAGUUUGGGAUUGUAAAAAUUGUACUUUCACAGGA